CACAAAACAAUAUAAUCCAAAGGUGAUACAAAAACGAGUCAUACCUACUCGCAGUAAAUGAUUUUUCAUCGAUUUAGUACGUUUCAAAUUUCAAUUUUUUCGACCGCUGCCGAAGUUAACGCGUCAAACACUUACCUGUGGCAUACAACCAAAAGCGAAAAAAAAGUGUUGUGCUUACAAUAUGUACUUACGAUUGCGGCACACAAUCGUCUGCUCCAUUGAAGUAGCACAGAAAUUUUGAUUUCUUAGGCAUUUUUCUUUUUACAAUCGAGUCAUGUAAUAUCAAAUGCGUUGAUCAAAAUCAAUUGAUCUACAUUUAUAAUUAGUUUAUUAUUAUAUUUAUAUUUUUCAAUCUACACUGACAAUGGCUGUUCAAUGUUUUGAUCCAAAUAACAAAGCGAGUUGGUAUUUCGGGCCAAUGUCUCGUAAUGAAGCUUCAGACUUGUUGAUGAGCGAACGAGAAUGUGGGACAUUCCUUAUCAGAGACAGUCUUAGUAUACAAGGAGAUUAUGUUCUAUGUGUAAGAGAAGAUAGUAAAGUUAGUCAUUACAUCAUCAACAAAAUACAAGAUAACAAUGAAAUUAAAUAUCGGAUCGGCGAUCAGGUAUUUGAUGAUUUACCUUCACUAUUAGGAUUUUAUAAAUUGCACUACCUUGACACUACGCCUCUUCUAAAACCUGCAGUUAAACCAAUAGAAAAAGUUGUUGCAAAGUACGAUUUCGUCGGUAAUGACCAAGAUGACUUACCGUUUAAAAAAGGAGAUAUUUUGACAGUUCUUGUGAAGGAUGAAGAACAAUGGUGGACAGCUAAAAACAUGAUGGGUCAAAUGGGAUCUAUUCCCGUUCCGUAUGUUCAAAAGUAUGACGGAACACAACCACCGUUACCCGUAAAGGACAAUAGUCAGAUUCCUGGAUCUAACAAUGAAUCGACAUUAAGACGAUCUAGUUUACAAAAAAAAUUACCCGCUUUGGCUAGGGUUAAACAGGUACGCGUACCAAAUGCUUAUGAUAAAACGGCAUUGAAAUUGGAAGUUGGAGACAUAAUCAAAGUUACAAAAACAAACAUUAACGGACAAUGGGAAGGAGAAUUAAAUGGUAAAACUGGUCAUUUCCCAUUUACACAUGUCGAGUUUGUGGAUUCCGAAAUCAACGAUUGCAUGAGUGAAAGCUAACUAAAUAAUUUGUCUAUUAAUUUUGUCUGGUUUUAAAAGAUUUUAGAAAGUUUAAUUGAAAACAAAUUGUAACCGAUUACAUAUGGUAAUAUAAUUAUAUUUUAUUGAAUUGAACAAAUCUGUAACCAUAAAAAUGCAGUGUUUUAUUUUCUUAAAUUAAAUUCAAAUCAAUAUAUGUUGUAAGGCUGACAAAUAAUUUUUUUUAAUACUGUUUUAUAUGAAGCGUGUUAUACAAAUUAGAACAUAUAUGUUUAUAAUGGUUUAUAUUAAUUGUUUAAUUAGAGAAUAAAAAA